UACAAAUCAACGUCACUACCUUGACGACGACAUUCCGGUCAGUCCAAAAGUGCGAAACAGCCGAGGAGUUGUCCUAUUGGCUCUAAAAGACAAUCGUCUGUCGCCACGUUUGGUCAUUAGAUAGUAACAUUGGACUACAGUAUUUGAUUUAUUAUGAGAGUCGUCAUUGGGGGAGGAUCUGGCUUUGUGGGUCGUGAGUUGACUCGCCUACUCCGGGAAAAAAACCACGAGGUUACAGUGAUCUCCCGCCAUCCCGGCCCCGGGAGGAUAACAUGGGGUGAGUUGGAGUCAUCCGGCCUCCCACCAUGUGAGGGCGCUGUCAACUUGGCAGGGGAGAAUCUCAUGAACCCACUGCGAUGGUGGAACGAAAGCUACAAGAAGGAUUUGUUUUCCAGUCGCAUCGACACCACAAAAGCCCUGGCUGACGCUAUCGCAGCUUCGCCGAAUCCUCCCCACUCAUGGGUCCUAGUGUCGGGCGUAGCGUGCUACAAACCCAGCCUGACAGCUGAGUACACUGAGGACAGCCAGUGGGCGCCAUUCGAUUUCCUUUCUCAGCUAGUGAAAGAGUGGGAAGCCGCUGCACUGCUGCCAGAAAGUAUGACAAAGACCACCAAGCAAGUGGUAGUCAGACCGGGGGCAGUUUUAGGCCGUGACGGCGGUGCCAUGAAGCAGAUGCUGCUUCCCUUCUGGCUGGGCCUGGGGGGCACCUUGGGCUCUGGCCGGCAGCCCUUCCCGUGGAUCCAUGUCACAGAUCUGGCUGGCAUCAUCGCCCAAUCAUUGGAGCCGCCCUCCCCCUCUGAUGUGCCACCUUCUUCGGAUCCCCCUUCUGGUGUACCGCCCUCCUCCCGCCAAGUCCUCAAUGGGGUAUCCCCAGCCCUCAACACCAACUAUGAGUUCACCAAGGAGCUGGGUAGGGUGCUGAAUCGCCCCACCAUCUUACCUGUGCCCGCCUUCGUGCUCAACGCCUUGUUGGGCUCGGAGAGAGCCGUAGUACUGGCUCAGGGCCAGAAGGUAGUACCCAAAAGGACUUUGGAGACUGGGUUCCAGUACAUGUUCCCAGACUUGGCGUCAGCCCUCAAAGAAAUUGCCACCAGUUAAACAAAAACUUACAUGACAAAAAAGAACUGCUGUUGCUCCUCUACUGUAAAAGAGCAUUUUACAUCAUUUGGAGGGAGCAACUAACUUCCUUGGUGUGAGUUAUGAGUUUAUUAUGUGGCGAAGAAAUAAAGCAAUGGUAAUUUUA